AUGCCGCCGCGGCUCAACCUCCCGCCGGUGACGCGCAUCGCCCUUGGCGUGCUCGUCGUCCAGUCCGUCCUCAGCGCCGCCAUCCGCUACCGCCAGUGGACCGCCCAGUCGCACAUUGUCAUUCCCUACCUCAAUCUUAUUCCCCAGCUGUCCAUCAUCUACCCAUGGACGUUCUUAACGACAACGCUGGUUGAGAGCAAUAUCUUCACGCUCGGCAUUGCCUGCGUCACACUGCACCAGGGCGGCCGCUACCUAGAGCGCGCCUGGUCCUCGCGCGAGUUCGCCAAGUUCCUGCUCGUCGCCAGUCUGAUCCCCAACCUUUUGACGUUUGGUGCCCUCGUUCUCUUGUUCUCCGUCACCCAGGACGAGAACUGGACCCUGACAUCGGUCGCCGGCACCAUCCCGCUACAAAUUGCUUUCCUCGUCGCCUUUAGCCAGCUCGUGCCCGCGCACACCGUCACGCUCUUCCGCGGCAUUCUGUCUCUGCGCGUGCCCCGUUUCCCCCUGCUCUACCUCGUCGCCGUCAUCGCCCUCUCCCUCACCCCGAUCCUGACCGCCGCUUCCACCUUCCUCGCCUUCUUCAGCUUCCUCACCAGCUGGACCUACCUGCGCUUCUACAAGUCCGCCUUCCCUGACCUCGACGUCUCGCAGGGCCCGUCGCUGCGCGGCGACGCCAGCGAGACGUUUGCAUUUGCCGAGUUUUUCCCGGCCCCCGUCAAGCCCGUCGUGGCCGCCGUUGCCGACGCCGUCUUUGGCAUCUUGGUGGCCGUGCGCAUCUGCACGCCGUUCUCUGCCGCCGACAUCUCGGCUCGUGCCGCUGCCGCUGCUGCUGCUGGCGGCGACAGCUACAACAUGCACCAUGGCGGCCACCACGGCCAGCGAGGCGGUCCCGGUGGUACCCGCGCCGAGGCCGAGCGACAACGCGCCCUGGCGCUCCGGGCUCUGGAUCAGCGGCUGCGCGUUGCCGCGGCCAAUGCCGCAACACGUCAUGGCGGCGCAGCCGGCGCAGGUGCCGGUGGUGCUGCGGCCACGGCCGGCCCGUCAUCGGCAUCUGUGGCACCCGCUGCGGCCGAAAGCUCGACGCCCGCGCCUGCGACGACCGGCCCGACGGUCCAGACACAGCCGCUGUCCAGCACACAUGCGACCAUGACGACGACGGCCUCAUCAGGCGGUGCUGGCAUGCUGGGCGAGACGAACUAUGUCCCUGACCACGACGGCGACAAGUCGUGA